AUGCAGCAACGUGCCAAGAAGCGGCCACGGCAGAGUGAUGAGAGCAAUACCCGACCUGCACACAACCGCAACGAUGGCCAACCUCCUGGGAGUCGUUUACCACUGACCAGCAGUGUUGCCUCGGUCACUCCUGGCGGGGAUGCCUUCCCCUCCUCCUCUUUGCAUGCACCGCUGACGGCGAUAGAUUUGGUUUGGCAACGCAAAACGGCGGCGGUGCAGAAGCAACUUCUUCAACUUGCCAAUCUGUACGCACAGAAGGCACAGGAGAACGAGGCGGUGCUGGACGCCAUUGAAAGGAUGAUAGCCUCACAUGAGUUGGAGCUUGCGGCGGUGGCGGCAGAGAGUGAGUCCCACACGUGUCAACAUCUUGAAUUAAUUGCGGAGCUGCAUCGUCGGGAAGAUGCAACGCUUGCAGAAAAACAAAGUGCCAUGGAUGAGAUAAAAAUGUUACAGGAGCGACACGUGCAAUUAGAGCAGGCACGAGAACGUUUGCAGGAGGACAUUGUUAUCCAAUCGGACGCCUUGGAGCAGUUGCAGAAGACGCUGGAGGCAGAGCGCCAAGUGACAGACGAAGAGCAGAGAAAACUGAACGAUGUGCUUGAGAGAGAGCGGGUUAUGCAAGAUGCCACCUACGGUCUCUCCGGGGAGGUGAGGGAAAUGGUAGCAGAGAUGGAGCAGAUACGCAAGGCGAAGGAGGCUGCUGAACGUGCAUCACGGGAAACCGAGAUAGUCCGACGACAGUUGUACUCGCAGUGUGAGGAGCUGAAGGGGACCAUUCGUGUGUACUGUCGGGUAAAGGGCAGUGGCAACAACACCAACGGUGAGGUUUUGCUCGUUCCUGAGAGCUCUCGUGAGGCGUCCAUUUCUUCGCACAGUACAAUUAGCCUCUCCACGGAGGGGCUUCACAACCUCGCCGCAGCAGGAGGAAGAGGUGCAGAGGGCAAAAGACAAAAAAUACACGGAGGGCAACAAAAGACACUGCAUGGUCGAUUUGAGUUUCCCCAGGUCGAGGAUGGGGUUCAGAGGACGUUGUGUGUGUGCCAAUCGCGGAACAACGCGACAUCCACAGGUACGCAGGAGUCCAAGGAGACAUUCACGUACGAUUGUGUCUUUGAUGGCAACGCUACACAAGAGGCUGUUUAUGCCAACGUGGAGCCGCUUGUCAACUGUGCGGUUGAUGGCUAUCGUGUCUGCAUUUUUGCGUACGGCCAGACGGGAUCGGGUAAAACAUACUCCAUGGAAGGAGAAGUGUUGGAUGAACAGAAAUGUGGCAUCACUCCUCGCGCCCUUCGUACCAUAUUCCGUCGCCAGGAAGAGUUAAGCUCCGACGGCUGGAAGUACAGCCUCAGUUGUUACUUCAUUGAAAUAUACAACGAUGUCAUUCGGGACCUGCAGCAGGAGCCGUCCGUGUAUGAACCCGGUGGAGCCGCCGCCUCUCAGCCGAACUAUCACGUUAUCAAGCAUCAGAACGAGUCGGGGUCAACGAGUAUCACCAACGUUGUAGAGAGGCGUAUUCGCUCCUUUGAGGACUUUCAGCGCCACUACAAGACGGCAAUGAAGAAUCGUAGCACCGCUAAAACGCUGCUGAACGACCAUUCAUCUCGGUCGCAUUGUGUCUUUGUCCUGCGUAUUGAGGGAGAAAAUGCACUCAUACGGCAGCGAAGUGAGGGGACGCUCUGUCUGGUGGAUUUGGCGGGUAGCGAGCGAAUGAGCGAGUCGGGGACACGGCAAGGGCAGCAUCUCAAGGAGACCAUCAACAUCAACCGCAGUCUGUUGGAUCUUGGGAAGUGCAUCAGCGCCCUUAACAACUCCGGCAGCGUCGCACCGUGGCGCAACGGCAAGCUCACAUACCUGCUGCAGAAUUACCUCGGGGCAAAGGGCGGGAAGAUGCUCAUGUUGGUCACUGUCUCAGAUAAGGAGGAACACAUGGCGGAAAGCCUGAACUCACUCCGCUUUGCGAGUCGCGUCAACCAAACCGUUGUUGGCCCCUCCGUGAGGCGCGUAACCGACUACUGA